CAUGGGUGAAUCUUACAUCCCAAGACACAGAAUGGCCAGACCUGUCAAAUGCACGUGUGGUAGUCACUGGAGGCAGAGGUUUGAAGAGCGCCGAGAAUUUCAAAUUGUUGGCGCAGCUAGCAGAGAAACUUGGCGCAACAGUGGGUGCGACCAGAGCUGCCGUCGAUGCAGGAUAUGUGCCGAAUGAACUUCAAGUAAGCUCCUCAAGUCUAUUAGUCAGAAUCGAACUGAUUGUCAUCCGGCUUAUUUGCGAUGGGGCAACGCAAAAGAAUCACAACUCUUGAGAGACCAUAGGACGAACAUGCGCUGCUUUGUAUCAGACGUAGGUCUGGAGCACGAUGCAUACCAUGCUGAGGAAAUGACGUCGGAGCAGCUAAUCACAGAGGAGAAGCUAAGUACUCAAUAUGCUGGAAUAAAUCUGGUUUGCAUGAUCGAAGUUAUUUUAGGAACAACUGGGAGGAAACAAGGCACAUCUUCAAAGGCAGCAUCCUUACCCUCCACCGAGUCAUUGCUCUGCAAGAUAUGGCUUGUGAGUACCAGCAGAUGCUUGAGCUUCUUAGAAAGGCCCCAUUUUUUGACAGAUGGCGUGCUAAGCCAGGAUCCGUUGAUUCGUUUACAGUUCCACGGUGAUGACCAGAUCUUGAGGUUCUAUGCUGCGUCGCAGAGGCUGGUUCUUGAAGUUUCUUGAUUUCACCACAAUUUUAGCAGUUUUGUGUACCAGCUCUUUCAGCUUAUUUGUAGCAUGUGUGCUUCUGCACAAUACUGAAGUUUUAAACAGUGGUAGCCAGUAACAAACCUAUAAAGCCCUAUGAUGUUUGGCACCAUGAGGUGUUUAUAUGGAUCGGUAACUCUGUAACUCCUAUUAAUUUAAUUGUUGG